ACUCCCGUUCUUGUACAGAGCCUAUUCUUUUCUUGCUCCAAAAGAUCAUCUCUUUGCUCAACCGCCAAAUUCCCUCCUACAUAAACACCCCAAACAAACUCUUGUUCUUCACACCCAUUGGCCGGAAAACCUCAGAUUUCUCGUCGGAAAAUGUCUAACCACACCGUGAUACCAAUCCAAGCCACUCAUGAAGACCCACGUCUCCCACCAUUAAAGCGUCAGCAUACUGCACGCUAUUAUGCACACCGGGUACGCGAGAGCCUCGCCACCCGCGUUUCGAAGGUACUAUGCACCAUCUUCUUGGGGCUUCUCUUCAUCUUAGGGAUCCUCGCUUUCAUUCUCUGGCUUAGCCUGCGACCUCACCGCCCCAGGUUCCACGUUAUUGACUUUUCGGUGCCGGGUUUGUCCCAAGAAAACGGCUUUGAAAACGCUCAAAUAUCGUUCAACGUAACGGUUCGGAACCCCAACCAAAAUAUCGGGAUAUAUUUCGACAGCACUGGAGCAUCGGCUUACUACAGGAACCAGCGUAUCGGCGAAACGCCAUUGCUGUAUCCAUUCUAUCAGCCACCGAAGAACACGACGGCGAUUCCCGGUGUAUUGAGUGGCGCCACACUCAACGUCAACACUGAAAGGUGGAAGGAAUUCAUGGCUGAUCGAGCCACAGGAACUGUGUUAUUCCGGUUGGAUAUAACGUCAACGAUCCGGUUCAAGGUGUCAACGUGGGACAGUAAGCAUCAUAAGGUGCACGCUAGCUGUGAUGUUUCGGUGGGCCAGGACGGUCUUAUCUUGCCGGCGUCGAGGAAUAAAAGAUGCUCGCUUUACUUCAGUUGAUUGAUGUAAGUUCGAUUUUUCUUUUUUUUUUAAUUUUUUUGGAGCAAUUUUUUUUUUCUUUUUUAUUUUCUCUGUUGUUGAAGGUUUUGGUUUUCCGGCACCGGAUCCGGGUCGUCACUGAUGCUCAGUUUGUAUUGGUUGUUGACUUGUUAUGGCUUUACCUAAAACUAAAUUGUUGCUGCAAAUGGAUCGAUGUAAUCGUAUGGACCUAGAUCGAA